GAUCAUUGAGAGCAUAGACAGACACAGAGGUGUGGCGCCUCUCCCCCAUCGCCCUCAUUGCCAACCCUGGCCCCAGUGGGUACGUGGAUCUCCUCAAUGGACCAAUGGACAGAGGCUGGUGUGCAGGCUACAUGUGUCAGGAGCGAAUCUCAACCUUCUUCUCAGUUGUGGUGACCGGGAUGACAUAUGAGAUGGCCAUGACCAGCACGCCCCCUCAGGUGCUGUGUCUGCACCUGCCACACAGUCCAUCCUCCGAGGCUGUUGUCCUACGCAUCUUCUUCCCAAAGCCUCAGCGUUAUGACAUCUAUGUGGAUAGUGUCUUUGUUCCCCCAGCCAACCUUAACAUCUCUGCAGCUGGCUACCAGCUGUUGCCUGAGGACCCCACCCACCCUCAGGCUUUCCUUCCCACACUGGACAAUGUAGUAGGGACCAAUUACUUCCAGCGUAGUGCCAAGCUGGUCCAUGUGGUGCUGCGCGGAGGCCACGUCCUUGACAUCAAGACCACACCCGUGAUCACCCUCACCAGUGGCCUCAUGGUGAAGGAAGAUGAGUUUUAUGAGCAGAACCUUGUGAUGAAUCUGGCCAACCUGUUUGAGGUAUCCCCAGACAACAUCAGGGUCAUCAGUGUUAUGCGGGAGGACUCCAAGAGACAGCAGGGAAGGCUGGAGGCUGAAGUGGCCAGCGUUCCAACUACAAGCCUGAAUGGUGAGGGGGAGAAGGGAGCAACUGGCGGGGAGGUGAUUCCCUAUGAGAAGCUGGUGCAGAGUCUGGAAAAGGCCAUCAAUAGAUUCCAGGACGAAUCGUGCAGCAACUGUGCCUCUCUCUCGGUGAGUGACCCCAUCGAGCCACCACCCAAGGAAGCCCCUCCAAAAGCCACAGAGGAGGAAGGCACUGUUGUCAUUCCAGAUGUCGAACCGUUCUACAAGCAGCAGGAGAAGGAGGUGGCAGAGAAGAUCAAGGAGAGCCUGGCAGUGACAGAGUAUGUCGAGCCAUCCAGUAUAUUGGUGCUGAGUGGUGUGCCCAGCAGUGUGGUGCAGUACACAGUGUUUGAAAUGCAGCCGUCUGUCACUGUACUGGGUAAAGAGGGUGCACCCAUCAGUGACCUGGGCCACAAGAGUGAUCCCUGGCAGGUCACGGCUAGUUUGUCAGGAGCUCCGCCAGGUGCCAUCCUCAUUGGCACCACCACAGUUCCCUACAGGAACAGCACUGCCACCUUUACCGACCUGUCUGUCAGCAAGCCCGGGGAAGGGUACAACCUCUCUUUCACCAUCACCUUCCCCAGCUAUGCUCCAGUCCUCACUGCCACCCUGGUGGAGACCUUCAGCUCAACACAGAUGAGUGCAGCAAUGGUCCUGCAGCAGCCCAGCAUAGUGCAGGCCAGACAGCCCAUCGCCAUCACUGUUCAAUUUGUUGACGAGGAUUCUGGCUUGGUGCUGGAUGGCCAGGCCUUCAAGGGCCAGACAUUUGUGGGUGAACUGCUGGCAAAGACUGCUGAGGGACACUGAGGUUAUUCAGAGGCUGUAUGUACCAGAUGAGGCCGUGUCAAUGCUCACCUUUGAGAACGUCAUAUUUGAGGCAUCAGACGUGAGACAGCAACUCAUAGCCAAGGUUGCUGUUGUCCCUGCCGGCUGGUACAUGGAGUCCUCUUUGCCACGUGAGUAUUGGUGUCAGUCUGGUAAAGUCUGGAGCUCCUGUCUGUGUCUGUACUUCCUUAUACAAGACACUUCUUAACUUUAGAGUAAUUAUUUUGGCUCUGUCAUGUAGAGACUGGCACCUCAGUGAGCCUUUUCAUU